UUCAGCAGGUAUAUCGCGACGGCAUCGACGUGAACCUCAGAACGAGUGCGACCAUGUCCACCGAAAGCGAAGGCGAGCGUGUGCCGCUGCUGGGGAAAGGACUUUACGGCCAUGGCUUGGGAGACAAGACACCCUUGGACAUGGGUGGGUGCUGGAAUAACAUGUUCUUCUCGUGGCUCACACCGCUUUUGGACCUUGGACACAAACGGCCGCUCGAAUUUGACGAUUUGUACCAGUUGAACGCCAACAAUCGUGCAGAGCACAUCUCUUGCACGUUUAAGAAGCACUGGAUGACUGAGGUGAAGAAAGUAAAGCCACGGCUGGCGCUGGCGCUGGCACGGUCAUUUGGUAGUCCGUUCGCAGUUGCCGGCCUGCUCAAACUCAUCCACGACGUCCUGCAGUUUGUUGGCCCCGUCAUGAUCAAGUAUAUGAUCGCGUUCCUGAGCGACCCAACGGCCCAAGUCAGCACUGGGCUGUGGUACGCGCUGGCGAUCUUUGUGGCUGGCGUUGUCCAGUCGUUUUCGUUGCGGCAAUACUUUUUCCUGUGCUUUGAAACUGGCCUGCGCGUUCGUUCGGCCGUUGUGACCGCCGUGUUCGACAAAUCACUCGUUCUGGCUGCGUCGUCACGCGCAAAAAUGACGGCAGGCGGGAUCAACAACCUCAUGAGCGUUGACGCGCAGAGGCUGCAAGAUAUCACAACGUACCUGCAUGCGAUCUGGUAUGCCCUGUUCCAAAUGGUCGUUACGUCGUAUCUGUUGUACAUGCAGCUGGGGGUGGCGUUUCUCGCUGGUGUGGCGGUCAUGGCCACUCUUGGGCCGGUCACCACUGGGCUAUCCAAGCUCAUGCAACGAAUGCAGCGCUCGCUGAUGGAAGUCAAAGACGACAGAGUGAACGACAUGCACGAGAUGCUCCACGGCAUCAAAGUGAUCAAGCUCCAGGCCUGGGAAGAGUCUUUCGCGGCCCGGGUGAUGGAGUUUCGCACAAAAGAAAUGCAUCGCUUGCAGAAGUACGUGUACGCGCGAGCGGGGUCGAGCAUGGUGUACAGUGGCGUGCCGGCACUUGUGUCCAUCGCAUCCUUUCUUGCGUACAUAUAUCUUGGUCAUUCUCUGGACGUGGGGACGGCAUUGGCAUCGCUGGCGCUGUUCAACAUUUUGAAGUUUCCGCUGUUCAUCUUCCCGUAUAUGCUCAACUCGCUCGCGGAGGCUCAAGCGAGUUUUGGACGGCUGGAAGAGUUCCUCCUCAUGGACGAGCGGGAACCGGUGACGGCGGGACCGUUGAAGGAAACGGCCAUCUUGGUGCAGCACGCCGACUUUGAAUGGGAUGCAGCGCAGUGCGACAAGACAGAGGCGUCCGGGCCAAUUUUGCACAAUGUCAACUUGAAGCUCACGGACGGCAACCUGGUCGCCGUCGUUGGAGCCGUCGGGUCGGGGAAAAGUACUCUCUUGUCUGGAGUUUUGGGCGAUGCUCGGUGCGCCAGAGGCGAGGUGCACCGGUGUGGGUCCGUGGCGUACGUGAGCCAACAGCCAUUCAUCCAAAACGCGACGCUGCGAGACAACGUGACGUUCGGCAUCCCGUUUGAUCACGCCAGAUACCAGAAUGCGAUUCAGGUCAGCAGCUUGACCGACGAUCUCAAGAUGUUGCCGGGCGGCGACCUCACUGAAAUCGGAGAAAAAGGCAUCAACUUGAGUGGCGGCCAGCGCACUCGAGUCGCUAUUGCCCGUGCCGUGUACCAAGAUGCCGACAUGUACCUGCUGGACGACCCGUUGGCGGCCGUGGAUGCGCACGUCGGGUCAAACAUCUUCAAGCAGUGCAUCCAGACGGCGCUCAAGGGCAAGUUGGUCGUCUUGGUCACGAACGGGUUGAACGUUUUGAAAGAUUGCGACUCGGUCGUUGUGCUAGAGCAAGGACGCGUCGUGGAGCAAGGCACGUACGAUGAUUUGGUGGACAUGGCCGAUGGCGUGCUGGCCAAGAUGAUGCAAGGCAACUUGCACCCUGCCCCAAGCGACAACGUGCUACACCUCGUGGACGACGAUCAAUCGGAAAACCGUCUCCCAACCGAACAAGUUGCGCAGGAAAAUGGCAUCGACGGUGACAACGGCGCCUUGAUCGUGGAUGAAGACCGCAGCACGGGGGAUGUCCCAUGGACCAUGUACAGGGUGUGGAUCGACGCGUGUGGUGGCAUUGGUGUCGGCUGCGUGGUGGCCUUGCUGUACUUGGUGACGAGCUGCGUCAACUUGUCGGCGUCAUUCUGGCUGUCGUACUGGAGCGAAAACGCGGGCAAUUCGACCCACAGCCAAUUCUACUACUUCAACGUGUUCAUGGGGCUGAGUGCGGCCAGCAUUGGGAUGUUGUUUGUGCAGACGCUGGCGCUAUUUCUCGCGGGGCUGCGUGGGUCGGCCCAGCUCUUCAACGCGUUGCUCACCCGCGUGCUUCGCGCACCCAUGUCGUUCUUCGACACGACGCCGCUUGGUCGCAUUGUGAAUCGCAUGAGCAAGGACGUGUACGCUCUGGACGAAACGAUUCCGUCCAACUGGGGCAUGCUCCUCGGCGCCACGUUCUCGUUCAUGACGACCAUCGGCACCGUCAUGUACGCGACGCCGUGGUUUACUGUGCUCUUGCCGCCGCUGGCAGCGUUCUACUACGUGAGUCAGCGAUACUACAUCAGCUCAUCCCGUGAGCUGCAACGGCUGGACAGCAUCAGUCGGUCGCCAGUGUUCGCCUUGCUGGCAGAAACUCUGGAUGGCAUUCCAACCAUUCGAGCCUUUGGCAACGAACGACAAUUCGCUGCACGGAACGAAGCCCUGUUAGACCGCAACCAACGCGCGUACUUCUUGAACGUUAGCGCGAAUUGCUGGUUGUCCUUGCGGCUAGAAAUCGUCGGGACAGUGGUUACGGCGGGCGCAGCCUUCUUCGCAGUCCUUGCCCAUAGAAAUCAUGCGGGUGUAGCGUUUGCUGGGCUGGCUGGAGUCGCGCUAUCCUCUGCAUUCAGCGUGACCCAGAGUCUCAACUGGGCUGUUCAAAUCCUCAGCACGAUUCAAACGCAGAUGGUCAGUGUCGAGCGAAUUCACGCGUACUCCACGAUGGAAGUGGAGGCCGAGUUGCACGCCGAGCCCAUCAAGCAACUCGAGCUCGACAACGCCAAGUGGCCGUCCCAAGGAAAAGUGACGUUCACCAACGUGAAACUGCGCUACCGUCAACGUCUUCCCUGCGUCCUGCGCAACCUCACGUUCACGAUCCAUGCCAAGGAGAAGAUCGGGAUUGUCGGCCGCACGGGAGCGGGCAAGUCGUCGCUGGUCGUGGCGCUCAUGCGCUUGGUCGAGUUGGACGCUGGCCAAAUCACGAUGGACGACAUCGACAUUGCGACGAUCGGCCUCCACGACCUCCGUGACAAGAUCUCGAUCAUUCCGCAGGACCCCGUGCUCUUCUCUGGCACGAUUCGGUCCAACUUGGACCCAUUCGAUCGGUGCGGUGAUGACUCGAUCUGGACGGCUAUCAAGCGCGCCAACUUGCACAACGCCGUGACGUCGCUGGACGACAAAGUGGACGAGCGCGGCCAGAACUUCAGCGUGGGCGAGCGACAGCUCAUCUGUAUCGCUCGCGCGCUGCUGAAGAAAUCCAAGGUGAUCUUGAUGGACGAAGCGACGGCAUCGAUUGACGCCAAUACGGACCGUCUCAUCCAAGACAGCAUCCGCGAAUCGUUCCAGGACUGCACGUGCUUGACGAUUGCACAUCGCAUCAACACGAUCUUGGACUGCGACCGCAUCCUUGUGAUGGACAAGGGGUCGGCGGCCGAGUUUGACUCGCCCGCGCAGCUUCUCAAGAACCCCAAGGGCAUCUUUACCAACCUCGUCGAGCACUGGCGUGACGACAAGUCAGGGGCCUUUUGUCACGACGGACGCCUGCUGAAUAAGUAG